GAACUGAACCUUGAAGGGGGGGUCGAUAUUUUAUAUGGGCAGCGGUUUGCUUACGAGAGCGAUUGUCCAUGACCGAUUCCCACCGACCUUCGUCACCUCACUCACUGUCACUUGGGAGCGCCAUAUUGAUUAUCCUCUCUUCCUGGUCUUGUAGGAUAAAUUUCAAUACGCUCCAGGCCUUCAUCCCCUGAACUGCUUACUUGCAGAGUUUCAUGAGUGAUACCAUGGAUCUUAUGGAUGAAAAAGUAAAUGGCGGUCCUUCCAUGGAGAUCAUUGAUGAGGUCGUCUCUGUCCGCGAUCACGAAGCUUUUGCAUCGAAGCAUAUGCCAGACUUAGGCCAUGAUGUCAAAGAUUUCCAAGUUUACACUUGGCGCAUCAACAAUUGGAAGAAAUUGGAAAAGAGACUCACAAGUCCUGACUUUGAAUGCGGUACUCACAAAUGGCGCAUACUAUUAUUCCCCUUCGGAAAUUCUAAUGCACCCCCUAAUGACACCGUAUCCGUGUACCUUGAUUACGCUGAUCCAAAGAAGUCCCCAGAGGGAUGGCACGCAUGUGCUCAGUUCGCCCUCGUGAUUUCCAAUCCCCACGACCCUACCAUCUUUACCGUCAGCCAUGCUCACCAUCGCUUUAUCGCCGAGGAAUGCGACUGGGGUUUCACCCGCUUCAGUGAACUCCGCAAACUCUUCAAUGUUCAAGAAGGACAUUCCCGCCCAACUAUCGAGGAUGAGUCUGCCGAUGUUACUGUCUAUGUUCGCGUACUCGACGAUCCUACUGGCGUCUUGUGGCACAACUUUGUAAACUAUGAUUCAAAGAAGGAGACUGGCUACGUUGGUUUGAAGAAUCAGGGCGCGACGUGUUACAUGAACUCCCUUCUCCAAUCCCUUUACUGCACGCGUUAUUUCCGAAAGGCGGUGUACCAAAUACCAACCGAAGAUGAGCACCCCACAGAAAGUGUACCCCUCGCUUUGCAACGCGUGUUCUAUCAUCUUCAGACAUCUGAUCAGCCUGUUGGAACUACGGAAUUGACGAAAUCGUUUGGGUGGAAGUCCUUUGACUCUGAUCAGCAACAUGACGUUCAAGAGUUUAACCGUGUACUCCAAGACAAAUUGGAGACCAAGAUGAAGGGUACGAAAGCCGAAGGUGCAAUCUCCAAGCUCUUUGUUGGAAAGAUGAAGAGUUACAUCAAAUGCGUGAACGUUGAUUAUGAAUCGUCCGUAUUUGAGGACUUCAACGACAUUUCUCUCAACGUCAAGGGAAUGAAAAACUUGCACGAGUCAUUCAAGGAUUAUGUCGCUGUUGAGAUGAUGGAGGGUGAGAACAAGUAUCAAGCUGAAGGAUUUGGUCUCCAAGAUGCAAAGAAGGGAAUACUCUUCCAAUCAUUCCCUCCUGUGCUCCAUCUGCAACUGAAGCGUUUCGAGUAUGAUAUCCAGCGUGACGCGAUGGCAAAGAUCAACGAUCGUCAUGAAUUCCCAUUUGAAAUCGACCUCUCGGAGUUCCUAGAUGAGGACGCCGAUCGUUCGCAGUCAUGGAAUUAUAAGUUGCAUGGCGUGUUGGUACAUUCUGGGGAUCGAUAUGGCGGACAUUACUUUGCACUCAUCAAACCCGAUCGGGAGACGAGAUGGCUGAAAUUUGAUGAUGACAAAGUCACCCCGGUCACAGAUCGCGAGGUGUUGGAGGAGAACUAUGGCGGCGAACCUCUGAAUGGCAUCACUCCUCCACUGCAGCGCAACCAAGUACGAGCGAUGAAAAGGUUCACCAAUGCGUAUAUGUUGGUCUAUAUCCGCGAGUCGGCUACCGAGGACAUCCUAUCGACUUGGAAAGACGAGGACACCCCGGCACAUCUUAAGCGUCGACUUGAGGACGAGAGACUGCAGAUUGAGGCUAAGAAACGGGAACGCGAGGAGCAGCAUCUUUUCCUCACGGCGAAGGUCAUCACUGAUGAUACAUUUGCUCAUCACGAAGGAUUUGAUCUUGCCACGUUUGACGAAAAGAACUGGCCGCCGUCGGAGCUACCGAGCUUCCGUGUUUUGAAGCAAGAAACAUACAACACCUUCAAAUCACGUGUAGCGAGCCACUUCAACCUUCCGGAGAACAAAAUACGCCUCUGGGUUCUGGUCAACCGUCAAAACAAGACUGUCCGCCCUGAUACUCAUAUUCCUGAGAAUGAACCAACACUGACUGUCGAGGUGAUUCGCAAUAAUAUGGCAGCAAGGCAGAAUGAUCUUCGCUUGUAUCUUGAUAUAAUACCCGAUCCAAGCAAGCCUGAGCCACCAGCGGGAUCUAUCAUGAUUUUCCUGAAGCACUUUGACAUGGCGAAACAGACUCUGUACGGUAUCGGUAAGGUGUAUAUGUCGAGGAACAGCAAAGUUCAAGAUUUGCACCCCCUGGUUAACGAGCGAAUGCGGUGGGCACCGGGGACUCCUUUGAGACUCUUUGAGGAAAUUAAGCCUGGCAUGAUCGAGCUGAUGAAGCAGAAGCUCACUUUUGCUCAGAGUGAGAUUCAAGAUGGUGAUGUCAUUUGUUUCCAGGUCGAACACUCCGAGAAGGAGAUCCACGACCUCGAUGCUCAGGGUCUGUACUCGAACCCGAUACAGUUUUACGACUUCCUGCAGAACCGCGUCAUGAUCAUCUUCCGACCAAAGUUCGAGGAGCCAGACCAUGAUCAUCCAGAGUUCAGUCUAAUCCUCAGCAAGAAGCACAACUAUGACAUGAUGUCGCAGAAGGCUGGCGAGUUCUUGAGACAUGAUCCGAUCAAGCUUCGAUUCACAACAACUCACGCCACGAACGGAUCACCGAAAUCGGUCCUCAAGCGAUCUUUAAACCAGAGUAUUCAGGAAAUCAUGGUACCGAGUUAUAUCAAUCCAACGACGACCGUCAUUCUGUACGAGAAGCUGGAUGUAAGCAUCGUGGAGCUGGAGACAAAGCGAAGCCUCAAAAUAAUGUGGACGGGCAUUCAUAAUAAAGAAGAGGCUUCAUACCCCUUCCUGCUGCCGAAGACGAGCUCAGUCCAUGAUCUUGCUGAUCACCUGGCAAAGCAAGUGACGCUCAGCCCUGGAGGGACUGCCAAGAUUCGUGUCUUUGAGGUGUCAAAAGAUGGCAAAUUCCAGAAGGAGUUUACAGGUUCUGAAAUGAUUGGUAACAUCCCUGAACCUGUCGAGCUGUAUGCGGAGGAAAUACCUCGGGACGAACUCGAAGCGGACGAAACUGGUAAGACUAUCAGUGUCUUCCAUUUCAACAGGGAAGUUACACGGACACAUGGUGUACCUUUCCGAUUCGUUGUCAAAUCUGGUGAAAAGUUCGCGGACACAAAGAAGCGCCUGCAAGCACGAAUAGGUGCAUCAGACAAAGACUUUGCGAAGUAUCGGUUUGCCCUUAUUCAAGUGGCUACUUUCAAGCAGCCAUCAUACAUCGAGGAUGAGGACACCAUAUACGAUCACAAAUUCGCGCCCGAAGACGUCCUUGGACUGGAUCACAUAGACAGGUCAGGCAAGGCAAGAACAGCAGGAGAGAAGGCCAUCGUCAUCAGAGGCUGAUUUGAAAUGAUGUGUACGGUUUGGACUCGGAUUGUGUUCUGCGCGUCUCUUUAUCUUAAGCACAUUGUACUUUUUGUCUCAAUUUACGCAGUCUCGACAAU